AUAUAUCUUCACAUUAAAACCACAAACAACUAAACGCGUGUUGCAAUAUUUACUCGAGCUACUCAAAUGAUAAACCAAAGUGAAGAAUCUAGAAACAUGGAAGAUAAUUCUUUUAUCUGUGUUCAUUUAAAUUUGGAAGCUUAGUCUUUUUUGUGUGUUCAUCUUAUGGAAAACUCUAGGAAGUAAUAUAAUAUGUUAGCAUAUUAGAAUUGCUGUGAAACGUCGGCUUCUAUGUUAAAGCGAAGUGAUCCCUCGGAACAUAUUUACGUAGUCCGGGAGCUUAAAAUGGUUUCUGUGUUUGGAUUUUAGUGAAUGGCCUAGAAAUAAAUACCUAUGUGUGAGGAACAGACAGCCAUCAUGAACAUACGUAGUAAUCCACAGAAAGGAGACGCCAUUAAAUAUGAGAUAAGCUGAGGAACUGUACAAAUAUUCACCGCCAUUUCUCGUAAAUCUCGUCCAUGCUCCAUUUCUAAAGAAUAUAAACAUGGCGUUAGGGCCAGCUCUACCAUUACCAUUGGGCAAGAAAUAUCACGUGUUUUUAUACUACAAGGAAUCGCCGGAAGAUUCACAAAUUGCUCAAAUGCUGUUAAAGAAAUUGACUUUAAAUGGAUUUAUCUGCUGUUGUAACCAGGAUUUCUCACCAGGUAGAACCCCGAUUGGCAGCAUCGUGCAUGCUAUAGACAUGAGCAUGAAAAUGGUGAUUAUUUAUUCUGAAACAUUCUUCAAGAGCACGGAAUCAUCGUUUACAAUCGAGAUGCAGAUGCAGCAUUGUUUAAAUACGGAGAAAUUCCUGCUUAUUCCUGUUCAGUUUGAUGAUUGUAAGAUACCGUUGUUUUAUAAAACUCUACCCGUGAUAGACGUAAGACAACCAGAGGAAAUGUGGUUUCCACAAUUAGUAAAAUCUAUUAAAAAUCUUGCAGAUAUUUCUAAACAGUUUGUUGCUGGUCCAAGAAUCUCCACCAUAUUGAUACAUGUUUGUGGAUAUGAACCAGCCAGAAGAAACAAUAUGGAAGUUCUAGCAUGUCGUAGGGGUGUUUACAGUUCUCGGGAAUCCAAGAAGCUAAAGAUGCGCCAUAAGAUACUACAUCAGAUGCAGAAAGCCGGAGUUAUUUUAUCAGAAAGAAAAUUUGAAGCCAUGAUGUCUGAUGUGGAUUUUAUGUUCCGAGAUUAUUGUAGACUGAACAAACUACUCUUCCCGGUUUUAACGUAUUUCUUUUUACUAGCAAUAAUUGGAACCCUGGUUCUAAGAUGUACACGGUACUUUGAUGCCGAUCCCAUCAGACGUUGGUUGCCAAUGCUUAUGCUGUUUACAGUUGGGUUUUGUGUUUGUGUUAUUACAUCCUGGAUGAUUAAAACAAAAUUUCAGGAUUAUUAUCAUCGAUCGUUUAAAGAUUAUCUGGUGACAAUAAAUGAUAAGUUAUUUGAUGAACGUAUUUUAAUAACCGUAGUCGAGGAACAUAUAAAUAUAGUAUACUACGAUUAUGCUCCUUGUCUUAAUUAUUUAACUGAAAAUAAAACUCUGGUUGGUAUCAACAAUACAAGUGUUAAAAGUCUCAAGGAAAUGUAUAAAAAAUGGCGAGACUGGCUGUAUGGCAAUAUCCCAAACACUGAGCAGACCAUAGAGCGACAGCAGUUGAUAAAAGAGGGUGGUAUGUACGCGUGUUGGUAUUUACAAAAGAAGCUUCCCAAACCAGCUAUAGACAGACAUGUUCGCGGUGGCCAAUGCCUCUGUCAGUACAUUGAGAAAAAUCUACACGGUGACAACUUUACCCUAGAAAGUGUAACCACCCGCUUUUAGAGACCAAUGGAAAGAGCUUGGAUGUUGAAACUUGCAGCAAACCUUUACAGAAGGUGGAAAAUUUGUAUGCUGGUAUUUUCCAGAGAAACCACUAAAACCAAAUGUUCUGGGAGGGCAAAGGUGAAUGGUGACAGGUUUACCAUAGAACUUGUAGCCACCCGGUUUUAGAGACUGGUAAAAUAGAUGCGGAAUAGACAUCGUUUACUAUUCGGUAAUUUCCGCGCUGAUGACCAAAUCUGUCUAAAUUUUGCCAGUUUUCAGCAAAGAAAAUUAACCGUGAAACUUGUAACCAACCAUUACAGAAAGUGGCAUAUAUGUAUUCGUGUUGGUGUUAGUAUGUGACUGCAUACAGACAAAGCUACAUGGCGGCGGCGCUCGUAAAAUGGACGCCAAAGAUAAAGUGUGUUAAAAAUGCCUUGUCAGUCGUUAUGAACUGGGCAUUAUUGUUAUUGUUGUAUAUUUAAAUUUAAGGUAUGUGAAGUGUGAAAAUUUAAUAAACACUGACUUACUAUUAA